AUGGGUUUAUUCCGAAGUAAAGACAAAACUCGCCUUGAACCUUCAGCGACACUUCCAGUUCCUCCAGACGAUGAAAAUAGGCUCUUGAACAAUCGCAAUAAUGAUUCUUUUAGAAGUAGCAACAUCUCGAGCGCAGAUACUCGGAUAAAUCAAGUUCAAAAUCCAAAUCCCGGAACCACAACGACAACUACAACGACAACUACCACUACGACCACAACAGUCCGUAAUGAUGGCUCAACUCAAACUUACACUCACCCAUAUGACCCCUCAAUCGACCCUCCUCCUGCAUCCACAACUACCUACCCAUCGAAUGAGCCACCUGUCCCACCAAUUGGAACUCCUCAGCCUACUCAAACACCAGUACCUUCAGAAACAGAACAUGCCCUUCGAAGAACAAGUACUGGUGGGGGUCGUGUAAUUCCCGAACGUUCACCACUUCGAAACUCCAAUCCCGUUCCACCUCUCGUGAUAGACCAUACUAUGGACCCGAAUUUCUCCAAUCCCUCAAACAUCGGCACCAAUACUAGCACCACAAACGCUCAAAUGAAUUCACAGGCCAACCAUGAUAUUCACGAUCAGAACCUGACGUCCAACGCAAACACAACCAAUCCACCAAGAAUGCCAAUCAACGAACAACAAACGCCAAAUAGUCCCACAAAACCUAACGUAAAUUUCUCCCGUCCAGGAGGCAAACGAGAGAGUAUUGCGAAUGCUGCCAGAGGUAUUCAUGGAGCUGGAGAAGCACUUCGGGGAAGUGUAAAUUCUGCAAUUGCAGGAGGACUUCGGGAUCAAAAGGAUCUCGAACAGAAUCGAGAGAUUAAAGAGCAGGGAAUGAGGGAGUUUACGAAUAGUGGAUUUAGAGAGAAGGCCGGAAAUAGGCUGAGGAGGAGAAGUGGAGGGAUCGCGAAUGGGAAUCAGGCUGGAGUUGUGGGAGGGAGAGUUUGA